AUGUCGAAAAUCGCUGGUCAACAGUCGUUUAGGGCUCUUUGCAGUCGACUCCGCCGUCCUCUUCUUUCGCAUCGUCCUCACCGAACUCUUCGUCCCUUCUCUUCAUAUCCUAAUCCAGUAAACCUCUUCGCUGUGGGGAGUUGGGAAAAGGCUGCACGCUCUGGUGAAUAUGUUGACGUUCACGAUCUUAACGAGAUCACCGACCUGGAAGUGAACAACUAUGACGUUCCGAUUGCAGAUCUUAACGACCAAAAACUACGAACUGAGAUAUCAAAAGUCCUUGGCAUCGAUUACUUGGCGGAGGCUGCUGAAGACGAUGCGAGGAGGGAGGUUGGUGCCAUCGAUGGUUAUCUGUACGGCGACGCGCGUCGUCCAAUGGUCCCGUGUGUGGUCUGCAACGGGGGCAAGCCUUAUUGGGUACAUUUUUUUGUGAGAGCUGGUGCACCUGUGACGUAUCUUUCGAAGAGGGUCUGUGAGGUUCUCGAUAUCAGGAAGGAUGCAAUCACUACUGCCACCAUUGCUGGGUGUUACCAUCAAGUCCGAAUGUCGCCGCCCACGUCGCACUUUGCGGAAAUCAAUGUGUUGGGUGCCGACUUUUGCGACAAUUUCAAGUUCACACCAUGGUUCCGAGGCAAGGGGAGGGUGACAUAUAUCUUCGAAGACCGGUGUGAUAAAGUCAAAAAGUUGUUCGAGCGAUAA